AUGUGCGAGUGCCACCAAGUCACCCCCGACACCGAGAAACAGCCCCCCUGCGCCUCCUGCGCCUCCCUCUCCUACCCGCCCACUCCCACAAGCACACCCCACACACCGCCCACACACCGGCGCACCCUCUCACAGAGGCACCUCUACAUCCUCCUCGCCGCCCUCGUACUCGUCACAGCAGCCCUCGCAGGGGGUGCUUAUGCCAUCCACCAGCACGUCUCCCAUCGCAAGCUCCAAGAUGCCACCACGAGCAUCAUCGCAGACUCUACUGCUUCACCCUCUGAUACGGUGUCGGCGACGAGCUCGGUGGCCGGGGCUGACGAGAGCGGGUACCAUGAGAGUGGCUGGAACAGUGGGGCUGGGUCGUCACCCAACUCGGGCGUGUGGUUUGCAGAGGUGGGAGAGGAGGGAGAGGAGACGAAGUUGGAGAGAAACGUUCCGGGGUGA